AGCGCAGCACCGCACCACCCCACUCUCCUCGCUCUCCCCGAAGCACGCCGCCCCUCCCUUUGCUCGCAGCGCUGCCACCGCCGAGAAGCCCCUCCGUACCUCUAGGGUUCCUCCCGCUCGGCGCGGCGAUGGAGGGCGAGGGAGAGUGCGCCGCGGCCCCGGCCCCGGCCCCAGCGGCGGCGGCCGCCGCGGAGGUGAGCAACCCGAGGUGCUACUUGGACGUGAGCAUCGGCGGCGAGAUGGAGGGCCGGAUCGUGAUGGAUCUCUACGCCUCCGUGGUGCCACGCACGGCCGAGAACUUCCGCGCGCUCUGCACCGGGGAGAAGGGCGUCAGCGCCGCCACCGCCGCGCGGCUCCACUACAAGGGUUCAUCAUUUCAUCGUAUCAUCAAGGGUUUUAUGGUGCAAGGUGGAGAUAUAACUGCUGGUGAUGGAACUGGGGGAGAGUCAAUAUAUGGAGUGAAUUUUGAGGAUGAGAAUUUUGUUUUGAAGCAUGAGAGGAAAGGGAUGUUAUCAAUGGCGAAUUCUGGUCCCAACACAAAUGGAUCUCAGUUUUUCAUCACUACCACCCGAACACCACACCUUGAUGGGAAACAUGUUGUUUUCGGGAGGGUUGUAAAAGGAAUGGGAGUGGUUCGCGCAAUGGAGCAUGUUUGUGCUGGAGAAGCUGACCUUCCAACUGCUGAUAUUGCUAUUGUUAAUUGUGGGGAACUGCCAGAAGGUUCAACUGAAGGAGUUGCAAAUUUCUUCAAAGAUGGCGACAUGUAUCCUGAUUGGCCUAUUGACCUCGAUGAAAAGCCUGCAGACGUUCUGUGGUGGAUUAAUGCUGUUGAUUCUGCAAAGUCUUUUGGAAAUGAAAAUUUUAAGAAACAUGAUUACAAGGCUGCACUCAGAAAGUACAGAAAAGCUAUGCGGUAUUUAGAUAUUUGCUGGGAGAAAGAAGAGAUAGAUCAAGAGAACAGCUCAGCACUGCGGAAAACAAAGUCAAUUAUACUCACAAAUAGUUCUGCAUGCAAACUGAAGCUGGGAGAUGUGGAGGGUGCUUUGUUAGAUGCAGACUUUGCACUGCGUGAAACGGAGGGCAACGCUAAAGCUUUUUUCCGUCAAGGACAGGCACGCAUGGUACUCAAGAAUAUUGAUGCUGCAGUUGAGAGCUUCCAGCGUGCGUUGGAGUUGGAGCCAAACGAUGGAGGAAUCAAACGGGAGCUGGCUGCUGCAAAGAAGAAGGUUACUGACAGACGUAAUCUGGAGCGGAAGGCAUUCUCCAAGAUGUUCGAGACGUCAGGAAGUUCAGAGAAAAGUGAUGAAGUAUUGGCAGCAAGUUCAGUGAAAAGUGAUGAAGAUAAAAACUGAUGCCCCGAGCAAGCGCCUUUUCAUUGUUUCGUCUGUCACACAUACUGGGAGCCGCCCGGUGAAAAACUUCAGUUAUACUGAUGGAGUUCGCACGGGAGAAAUAUAAAUCCCAUUAGACGACGGAAAACAGUGGGGGGCACCUGAACCUUUUGCUUUGCGUUUUUGUGUAGAAGUGGUUGCAAUGCUGUCGAGAGAAAUGUCUUUCAUUGACUUGAACUCUUGGAUAUUGCCGCUAAUCGACGACUUCUCUUGAUGAAGAUUUUUUUUCUGAGAAUUAACGAGACAUUGUCGACACCAUGACAUGUCUUUUUUACAUUCUGUUGUAUUAUCUUUGUACUUGGCCCAUGCAUUUUGGAGGGCCCAUGAACCCUACCAAAACUAACUCGUUGAACGGUGCCUGCCUUUAAGAGCAAUGACACUGUAAUUCAGAUA